AUGCCAUAUUUCGCAAAAAAUGCGGUGAUCUGCUUGCCUACGAACUGUGUGCCGUUAUCAGUGACUAUCAACUACGAGCAGCGGAAUUGGCAGAUUAUGUUCCUCCAGAUAAACCAUUUGAAUGGUCAUGGUAGGCUAGAAGUAGCCUAUUCUGAGAGUCUUCUGGGCAAGAGAUCUGCCCCAAGCGUGUUUCCCACAUUCAUCAUCCUGUAUCUUGUAGAGCAUCUCGAGCGUCUAUAG